AUCGGCCCACAAGGCAGGGCAGAGGCACUUCUGGGUUUCCUCCCUCCUUCCUACCGACGACUCCCAGCCCCGGUCCUGGCCAUGAGACCCCCGCACCUCCACCUCUCCGCCGCCUCCGGCACCCGGGCCCUGGUGGAGCUGCUGCUGCCUCUGCUGAUGGCGCAACUCUGGGCCGCGGAGGCGCUGCUCCCUAUAAACGGCACUGGCUCGGACCUUGCGGCUUCCGGCGCCGCGUGCGCGCGCGGCUCGCAGCCCUGGCACGUCUCCCUCUUCAAUGGCCUCUCUUUCCACUGCGCGGGCGUCCUGGUGGACCAAAGUUGGGUGCUCACGGCCGCGCACUGCGUGAACAACAAGCCACUGUGGGCUCGAAUCGGAGAUGACCACCUGCUGCUUCUCCAGGGCGAGCAGCUCCGCAGAACCACUCAACAUGUUGUCCACCCCAAGUAUCGCCAGGGCUCAGGCCCCAUCCUGCCAAGGCGCACAGAUGAGCACGAUCUCAUGCUGCUGAAGCUGGCCAGGCCUGCUGUGCUGGGACCUCGCAUCCAGACCCUGCGGCUGCCCUAUCGCUGUGCCCAGCCUGGAGACCAGUGCCACGUUGCUGGGUGGGGUACCACGGCCACCAGAAGAGUGAAGUACAACAAGGGCCUGAGCUGCUCUGGGGUUGCUAUCCUGAGCCCUAAAGAGUGUGAGGUCUUCUACCCUGGUGUGGUCACCAACAACAUGAUGUGUGCUGGACUGGACCAGGGCCAGGACCCUUGCCAGAGUGACUCAGGUGGACCCCUGGUCUGCGAUGAGACCCUGCAGGGCAUUCUUUCAUGGGGCGUUUAUCCCUGUGGCUCUGCCCAGCAUCCAGCUGUCUACACCCAGAUCUGCAAAUACAUCCCCUGGAUCGAGAAAACCAUACGCUCCAACUGAUCCAUACACCCAGAGACCCCUUCAUCAUCUGUCCUUUUCCUCAGACUCCUGAGCUUCCUCCCCAGUUGGCUGGGCUCUCCACCUGCACUGCUCAAAUCUUUGCUGCCCAUCCGUACCUGUUGACACCUCACCUCUUCCCUCAUUCCCCCUGCCCACUCCCAUUCUCUACCCACACUGACGCUGAAGAGCAGAAAGUGGUGGCGAAGAUUUGUUCAAGAGAAGCAAGGAAGCCGGUGGCCACCCAGCCUCUGAGAGAAAUUGUAGUCACCCAACCCAGCUUCCUGUACCACUCUCUGCUGUGUAAUCUUGGCCAAGCCAAGUAUCCUCUCUGAACCUUGGUUCCCUCACCUGCAAAAUGGGGACAAUGAGGUGCCUACCUCUUAGAUGUGUUGUGAGGAGACUAUGAUAUAACGUGUGUAUGUAAAUCUUUAUAGUAAUUGUCAUGUAAGCCUUAACACAGUGG